AGUCUAUAGAAUAUCAAAUAUUGAUUAACGAAUCAUUACAAUGUAAAGACAAUUUUUACGACACUGAAACCGCAUACGAUCAAUCCAUGCCCUCGCAGUUUUAGGAGAAGAACUGAGAGGCUCUCAUUGUGAACUCGUACGUCGAUCUGGUGCCACUGUGGCAUCCAGUUCCUUGCAAAACGACAAAUACACGAAAUAUAUCGGCAACAGCCUCAUGCAUUUCACAUACGAAGCGAUAGGUGCUGCUGGAAGAGUCGGUCAUUCUCUUCCUGAUCCACUUUAGUUUUUCUACUGGCAUUUCAGCUGUUCAGCGUACCUCUUAAUUGAUUUUGGAUACCUCACUCAGAACGUGUUGAGGAUCGAGUGAAAAAAUAUCAAAGUCGUAGUCUUGAACAGCCAAAAAUAUGGGGGAUAACAUUCCCCCAUUGGCACAAUGUGAAUGAUUCUUGAUUUUGCUCUAUGUGAAGAUGGAAACUUUUUCUUCUGAAAAAACUUAUGUUGUGUUUCAUUUUGACAUUAAGAAUCCGGAAAGCAUGUGAUUACCUUCAAAUUGGAGAGAUAUGUUGUAAAACUUUAUGAUCUGAAGUGCUUUGAAGUUGCAAAGAAGUAUGACAAUGGAUACUGCAAAGCAACAGUCAAGAAUGUUGACAACAAGUUCCAUUGAACUGAAAGACGACCUGGACAAGAGACUAGAGAAAUGUUACAGUUCUCUGACUUCACUUAUAACUGGCCUAUCAGAAAGAGAAAUCAAUGACACAUUGAAUGCACAUGUGAGCAAAGGCCAGCUUCAACAUGAGGAGACACAACUUGGGCAGUUUUACUCCAUCUUGGUGGACCCAAAGAUUGCAGCUAAGACAUAUCGCGACAUGGUCCUGAUAUCUAGGGAUGGGCUCACCAUGGUGUUGACCAAUGUCAACAUGGUGAUCCACGAAAAGUGGUUAAAACUUCAGGAAACUGCCAGAGCUCAGCUGGUGUGGCUGUGUAAGGAGUUGGUGCGGAACAACGUGACGGGCGCUGACAGUGUAUGCAGCUCUCUCAUCAGACAGAUUGCAGGUGGAGAUGUCACUACAAAGAACAUCUGGCUGUGUGAGAGCAUGCUGGAUAUGUUCUUAGAAUAUAGACAGUGGCUGGAGAAGAAUCCUCAACUCAUCCCAGGAGUGGUCUACACAUUCUUGAGAGUCAUUGUUGACCAUGGGAACCCCAACCUGUCCAUCGUCCGGCAGAAGGAGGUGGAGCUUUGUAUUGGACUUCUCAGGGAGAAGUUUGUUGAUUGUAUGGUGAUUGGACGGGAUCUCAUCCGACUUCUCCAAAACGUUGCAAGGAUUCCUGAAUUUGAUAAAUUUUGGCGGGAUAUGAUAAACAAUCCAACAGCAUUGUGUCCAGCCUUCACAGGCAUUCUGCAGUUAUUGCAAACACGUACAUCACGAAAGUUCUUCAUUGCACGUCUCACUCCUGACAUGGAGAACAAGCUUGUCUUCUUGCUGACAAAGGUAAAAUUUGGGCAGCAGAAAAGAUAUCAAGAUUGGUUUCAGCGACAGUAUCUGUCAACCCCUGAGAGCCAAUCCCUCCGGUGUGAUCUCAUCCGUUACAUCUGUGCUGUGUUUCAUCCAUCCAAUGAGCUCCUGUGUUCUGACAUCAUUCCACGCUGGGCUGUGAUUGGCUGGCUUCUCACCACGUGUACAUCCAACGUAGCAGCCUCUGAUGCUAAGCUUGCUCUCUUCUAUGAUUGGUUGUUGUUUGUUCCUGAGAGAGACAGCAUUAUGAAUAUUGAGCCUGCUAUCCUGGUGAUGUACCACUCAAUGCGACCUCACCCUGCCAUCACCGCCACGUUGCUGGACUUCCUGUGUAGGAUCUUGACUAAUUACUGUCCCAUGUUAUCGGUACAAGUUCGUCAGGGUAUCUUCACAUCUUUAAAAACAAUACUGGAGAAAAGAGUGUUACAGUCUUUAUCCCCGCUGUUUGAUAAUCCCAAACUGGACCGAGAACUUCGGACUUUGUUACGAGACAAAUUUGCAGAGUUCUGUUCACCAGAAGCACCCAAGGAGGAACCAGCACUGAAAGGGGAGGUAAUAGACUUGGAUAACGGCAGCAAUCAUGUAGAGGACAACAACUUGUCCGAUGCGAGAUUCAGUGAUGAGGAAGAUGAGAUUCCUCUAGGAAAGCUAAAGCAAGAAAUGAAAUUCCAACCCAUACCCGAGCCACCUCGUUUUCAACCUGUGGAUAUAUCCGAGCAUCUUCAUCAGUUACCUGAAGAACUCCAGGGGUUCACUCAGGAGUUGCAGAAUGAGACAGACCAGGAGAGUCAGUGUGAAGUCAUUGAUCGUUUGAUGCAGGCCGUCAUACAACAGGAUGACUUCGACCUGGAUGUAGCGACACCAUUGGCUGUGUGCCUGUGCCAGAUUCUCAGUCCCCAGUUCAACUUGAACCUCUUGCCUCAGGAGAUAGAUGAAGAAUCUAUAGAAGAUUCAAUAGGAACGCCAAUAUUUGUUAUGUUUAGGUUUUUAAGUCAAAUGUCGGAGGAGGACCCACGUCGACAUCCGAUACUGCAGUUAUUAGGGGAAAUGUAUCUUCGGCAGCCCAGGAUAGGCUACCAUCUGCUGUACUUCCUCAAAGUCAGCAAAAUGAAUGAAGAAAAAAUGGCAACAUACAAAGAUUUCUGUAAAAGUAUGGAUACAAAAGACCCCUCUGAAUAUUUGUUACAAGAUUUAAAGCAAUGUCAAGAAGAUGAUGUCCGAUUAUUUACAUAUCUCAUACCCGAUGUCUACACACACUUUCCUGCCAUUGCUGUUGGUAAUGCAGAACUCCUCCAUGUGUUGGUCUCCUGCAUAGAUGGAACUCAGCUCCAGGAUUUGAUUUGUCAGAUACUUCAAGGUCAUCUCAUCAUGUUCAACAACAAGGAGACCUUCCUCUCUGUGCUCAAUGAAAGUCUGGACUGGGAAACAAUCGAGCAGUACUUCCUGUGGCAGCUGAUCAUGUCUCACAACAUACAGAUCGAACACAUCCUUCCAAUAUUACCCAAACUAGAAUUUGGAGCUCAUGCCGAGGCAAUGACAAGUAUAUUAGUGUUACUUAAGCAAGAAAGCCCAGCAGUGGACUUGUUGAGACCAAUACUGGUUCGAGAGUGUAAGAAGAAUGACUUCUUCACAGUAUCAAUACUGAAGUAUUGGGCCCAGGAACAUGAAGACAGGCUAGCAGAACUCAUAAACCAACAACUUACAAAGUUCAAUGGAACCCCAAAGAAAAGACAAAGAACUGGAUCAGCACUGAAGAAGGACAAUCCCUCAGUGGACCAGGUGUUGUCCCAUUUAGACCACAUGCGGCAAGUGUGUCGCAACAUAUCAUUUCUCAACAAUGAAAGUGUUCAGCAUGCCUUGCAGCAAGUACAGUCCUUUGCUACAGAAUCACAGAAAACAAAAUACAGUGAUCUUCUUGCGUUAGCGGAAGAUAUUGAAGACAUCAAGACAACCCGUGUGUUGAGGGGAGGACGGAAGGCAUCCAACGCUAGUCCCAAGGCCAACAAGUACAGGAAGGCAGUGGUUGAUGAAUCAGAAAGUGAAUCUCUUAGCAGCGAGGAUGAAGAAAUGAAGCCAAAGGCUAAGAAGCGGAAGAAGGCAGCGGCCCCAUUAGAGGACGACAGUGACUGAAAGUCUUGACGAUCAUAUGGAUGGAAACUUAGAACAUCUGUCUGUGCCUACCAGUGUUGGAGCAAUGCCAGAUAAUGGACUUCUGUGAACCAGAGACGAUUAGACCAGGAACAUGUCUUACGAUACUGUUUGAAGAUUUGCCCCGUGAUUGACAAUGAAUUGUUAAUGUCUACUGAACCACAUUUGGUAUGGUCACUCGUCUCCACAUUCCAGUCUUGACAAAGGCUGAUGACCUUCAGGAAUGGGAGAUAAUCUGAACUGAGGAUGAAUGUCCCUGUGGCAGCUAUCUAUAGAUGUGUAUCAGUACACAUGCACCAACUUCAUUUACAUUGUGGACAAGUCUAAACAUGAACUACUGCUAUCCUAACAACCAUGUAUAGCAGUUAAAUCCAAACCUUCCUCAAAUCAUCCACCUGUAUGACUGCUUGAGAGGAUCAUGUGUCGAUUUUUAAUGUAGAUGCCUACCAUGAUAAAACAUUGGUCUGGACCAAGUUAGGUGAUGAGAAUGCUUCAACAUCUUACCUACCGUGUAUACCAAGUAUAACAGGUGCUGCUUUAUUACGUUUGGAUGAGACUUGGGAAUGACAAGACCUUGAAUGAAGUACUGUAUGACAAAGGAAACUACGCAAAAUUCAUUCAUCUUUGUGUGCUACACACAGACUGUUUGUGACAGUGCUGACUAGUGAACUACUUGAAGAUUUCAAGUAAUAUCAAAACCCAUCACGUGAUUCAUCGUCGUUUCAUAACGAGAAUAACCAUCGUGAAGAUGUAAUUGAUAAUGUCAGGAUGUUAGAUAAAGGAGGAUGAGAGUUGACCAGGUUGUGUUUUAGGAUACAGAGCAGCUGGUAUUAAUCUUGAAAAUCUAAGGCAGUAUUCAUAUUUCAUGUUAAUGAACAAAAGGCCCUUCAGGGGGCAUUAGGUGUGCGAGCUCUGUGAGCUCUUAGUUUCAAUGAAUCGGUCUGUCAUUUUGUUAUGCUGCAGGUAUAGAGUCGAGUUAUGUGACAAGCGUCAACUUGUGUAUACGCGUCAACUUGUGUAUACGCUUACUAUGAUGAACUAAAAUCACUUGGGUUGCAUCCCAAGAGUCGGUAUUGAAUGUUGGUCCCUAUGUUUGUUUUGGCUUGUUUACCUUCAACAUAUCUGUCUGAAUACUUUCUUAUUAUCUACGCCAUAAUUACUACUGAUGUUUACAAUUUCCUACUGUCACUGAACUGCAACAUGUUUUGUCUCCUUGAACACAACCUAGGUGUCAUAUGUGUAUAUCUUCCGAGGACUGUGAUGGAAUUAGCUAUGAUUCUCUCCAGUGUGAUCCUAUUGAAUGUCAUGCUUGUACAGUGGUCUGAGUGGACAGUCAUCACUAUCAUCCCCCAUACUGUUGUUGGACAAUUGUCUUUUUACCAUGCAUACGGCCAUUGAAAUGUCUUCAUAUACAGUAAUUAACUCGCACGUGCAGCCUUUGGAUUAUCUCCCCUUAUUUUGUUUGGAUUAUCUCCCCAUACAGUCUUUGGAUUAUCUCCCCUUAUCUUGUUUGGAUUAUCUCCCAAUGUCGCCUUUGGAUUAUCUCCCUUCACAGUGGCAUGAUUGUGAAAAUGAAUUUCAAUUCUUGAUGGGUCACAUCCAUCCCCAUAUAUAUUUUUCAUCCAUCAUUAUUCUAAUACAUUUGUACCCUAUCAUCACAUCAAAGACAUUUACUGAAAGGGAUGCUGGACCCAUAUCAACAGACUCGUUUCUUCGUACAAGGUUGGCCUGGAUGUUUUCUGGUAUGCAAGAGAAGGCAGUUUUGUGCUCAACCAGAAAGUUCCAUAGACAGAAAGGAUUGUGAUUACUGUACGAUCACAACCUGCCAAUUGAAGCUGCCCCUGAUGUGAAUGAUGAAUGGGAUGUGUCUCUGCUAAUCCCUGUGUGGCCACUGUUCACUGCGUUUCUUCACACCUGGUCUCUUCAUCAUUUUGUUCAGUGAUGUUUUGUUUGUUAGAUUAAAUCUGUUUCUGAGAGUGCUGAGACUGCCCCAUUUCUUUUUACAACAUUGGUUUGUAACCAUGGUUACAAGGAACAAACAGUCCUACGCUUGUACCCACCAUCGGAUGACUUGUAUACUGAGUGUUUAUGUAUAUUACGAGAUCGCAGUGGUGGAUAGCUUUAUUGAAAGAAAUUCUCAUGGCUCAUUGUGUAUGAAUCACAUCAUGUUUCUCACCGUGUUGAUAGCUGAUUCAACUAUCAGGGACUAUGGACUUGCAAACUUCUCUGCAUUUGUAUCAUAGUAUGUUUUAGCAGAUGUAAAAUGUAUAUGAAUCAUGAA